AUGGAGCUCAAACGCCUGCAAACAACAAUGAAAGCAAUUUCGUUUGUUGCAAUUACGACUGACGACUGCUGCAACUCACUCGAGUGAAAAUCACUAAUUGCAUGUCAGCACAAAGCAUGACAGAAAUUUGAGACACACGUAUGUAUGCACACAUAAGCAUAAAAUAAACAAAAAAUUCAACCAUUUCAAUUUCACAUCACUUGACAGUGAUAAAUACAAUACGGCUUACAAAUAUACAUAUUUAGGUAGAGUAGUGCAGCACCUACAUGCAUACAUACAGUGCAAGUUGAUGCGAAGAUGAUUAUUGAAAUUUUUGGGAAAUUCUUUUUAAUCCAUAGCUGUGCCCCUGUUAACUGUUCUCUUUGUUUUACGUGAUGGUGGGUAAAAGUUCCUGAGUUUAGUUGCAAAUUGAAGUGAAUUGGAGAAGUUACGAUAUAGUAAUCGAAAAAUAAAUUUCAUAACGUUAGUCGAUAAUUUUUUAACCAGUAUGUCUGCAAGUAUUUUUUCAAACUGUGAGUGACUGGUACUGCACCAUGGACAUUAAUAUGCGUGUGGAGAAUUUUGUGUCAAUGGCUAUGCAGGCGUGGGUUAAUUUUUUAAGCCACUUUAUGGUCAUGAACAUGUAUCUGACAACAUUGCCACUGGAGCCCAUGAACGCCCGAUUUCUUGAGAAGGAGUAUGACUUCAUCGUGGUUGGAGGAGGUUCGGCAGGUGCAGUGAUUUCUGCUAGGCUUUCUGAAAAUCCAGCAGUCACCGUUUUGCUAAUAGAAGCUGGUGGCAAUGAGCCUGUUACGUCAACAGUUCCUUGGUUUCAUGCCGUUCUACCGGGGUCAGAUUUGGACUGGAAGUUUCGGACAGUGCCACAAACUGACAUUUUACUCGGAUAUGAAAACCAGGUGUCAUUUUGGCCGAGAGGAAAAGUGAUUGGUGGAACAAGUUCAAUAAACACAAUGAUUUACAUGAGAGGAAAUAAACUAGACUUUGAUGCAUGGGCAGCACAAGGCAAUGAUGGGUGGGCGUAUGAAGACGUUUUGCCAUACUUUAAAAAGGCUGAACAUCAAACUGAUCCCAUUUUAGCUGCUGAUACAUACCAUCACGGAACCAACGGUCCUUUAAUUGUACAAACUCCGAGGCAUCGGAGUCCUGUGAUGGGUGCGUUUCUCAAAGCUGGAAAAUAUUUGGGAUACGACAUUGUUGAUCCUAACGGAAGUCAUGUUACUGGGUUCUCCCCAUUCCAAAUGACAAUCAACAAGGGAAUCCGAUGGUCGACAGCACGUGCAUAUUUGAAACCUGCAAGUCGACGGACCAAUUUACACAUUUUUCUUUAUUCCCAUGUUCACACAGUUUUAUUUGAUGAGCAAAAACGUGCCAUUGGUGUGGAAUAUGGUGCCAACGGCCUUCGUCACAUAGUGUAUUGUCGAAAAGAGGUUAUUUUAUCUGCGGGGACCAUAGGCUCCGCUAAAAUCUUACUCUUGAGUGGCAUUGGUCCUAAGGAGGAUCUAGAGGAGAUUGGGAUUUUCCCGAAUAUCGCGAAUUUACAAGUAGGAAAAAAUUUGCAAGACCAUAUGGGGGCAUUUGGACUCUCGUGGACUAUACGAAAGAAAAAAAGUGCAUACUCUUUACUUCCACUUUUUAACCCAAUUACGCUAAAAGAGUACACUUUAAAACAUACUGGUCCUUUCGGUGAAACAGUGGGGGUCGAAGGAAAUGCAUUUCUACACAGUCGAUAUUCUAAUAAAAGUACAGAUUGGCCAGAUCUGCAACUAUUUUUCCUUUCUGCGACACCGGCGAUCGAUGGGGGAGGAGGAUUUCAGAAAUAUUUUGGAGCUACUACAGAAAUGAUUGAAACUUUCUAUCACCCAAUAAAAUUCAAGGAAGGUUACACAAUUGUGCCGAUUUUGUUACGUCCCUUUUCUCGUGGUUACAUGAAACUUCGGAGUCAUCAUCCAUACGACAUGCCAAUUAUUCAGCCCAACUUUCUCAGCGAUCGGAGGGACUUUGAUGUACUUUUGGAUGGUCUGAAACAUGCAGUAGAGAUAGGAAACAGUAAACCCUUCAAAAAAUUUGGAAUAAGCAUGCAUCUUGGAGUUUUGCCGAAAUGUCCUCACCUCCAACCGGGAUCAGACGCUUACUGGGUCUGUUUUCUGCGUCACAAUGCUAAUACGGAACAUCAUGUUGCCGGUACUUGCAAAAUGGGGCCUGUGCAUGAUAAGAGUGCUGUGGUAGAUCCAGAACUAAAGGUUCAUGGAGUAAUGGGUUUACGGGUGGCCGAUGGAUCAAUUAUGCCGACAGUAGUGAGCGCAAACACGAAUGCUGCAAUCAUUAUGAUAGGUGAAAAAGCUGCAGAUUUAAUUAAAGGAUCGUGGAUGUAAUUUAAAUGUAAUAAGGAAAAUUAUUUAAUGUUUUAUGAGCAUAGAGAUUUAUUCAAUAACUUGCCGUUGAAUAAAUACAUACAUGUUUUGGUUCCAAUUUA